GGUCUUGUAUAUUUAGAAGAAACGGAGGGAGUACUCCCUUCAUCCCAUGUUAAUUGACGCUUAAACAAAUGCCUUUUUUUAGAACUAUAAACAGAUGUAUCUAUUAUUGAAGAGUACAAUUUAGUGAUUAGUUGUGACCUGUGUGUUUGACUUGAGCGAUUUAGCAUAGUUUUUGGACACAAAAAUGAGUAAUGCUUAAGCUCGAAUGUAUCUUGGGUGUUUUGUGCUUGUUUCCGGGGACAUGCAUAGAUAAAACUGCGAGCAAAAACCCAAUUUGAGGAAAUGGCAGAGCGAACUUGCAUAGAAUGAAAAAGGUUUAUUCAAAAGUAAAUUUUUCAUUGAUUACUUUAGGCGAAAAAGGAGGCAUAUUUGUGCCUCGCUCUUUUUAUUUCGAAAAGAGCACUGCUACACGGACGACACUUACCAUCUUAAAUUUGCACGACAUGCCAUAUCACACCAUUUAUGGGCAAGUCUAAACAGCAACAACCAGUUGGAUUAUGUCAUGUAAGUAAUUAUGUUUUGGAAAAUAGGAUAAUUCUCAAAUCUCUACAUUGAUUGGUAUCGAAAACAAUGACAACCAGCGUCAUCCAUUGAUAUCGAACAAAUCAGGUUUACAAAAUCCAAAACCAUCCAUAUAACUAUAUAAGGCCUACCUCGCGGCAUCUUCUUUACAAUCUUAUCCAAACCGUAUGACCAUUGACUAUAUUCGCCGGUGAAGCAAUUUUGCAACCUAACAAAAGGCGUAAGACCCUGACGCAACAUCUUUGAGAAGGAACUGUCGCUGGCAUGCCGAUGACUGAUCCAACCACAAGUAGAACCUGGAGCUAUCACCCUCAAAGCAUAACUAGGAGUCAACACCUUCAAAUAUGAAAAGACGCCAACCCAAAAUGAUAAAUCAUUGGUUUUCACACCGAGAGAAUAAAAUCUCGAUGUCAAUUGCUAGUGUCGUCAUCCACCUCUAUUCUAGCCUGCUCACACAAGCUGGCUGAAUGAGAAUUCAACGAAAGAGGAGACACCAUCACAUUACUUCCAGUUGACGCCACACCAUCUUCUCGCCGAUUGUUGUCGUGCCCACCAGCAUAGGCUAGAUUCCGUGAGGUCCUCGUGCACACCGCCCAAGGCAGCCAUCGAUGGUCGGAUGCAACCCGCCGCCCCUCACAACACGGCAAACCACCAUCCCCUCCAAAGUGUUGUUCGGUUUCCUUCACAGCAAGGAAGAGCCCUGCCGCCCCUCACCAGCAGCCGCCUUAGAAGGAGGUGAGGAGAGGGGUGAGAGGAGUAGGGCGCAGUGGCGGAGACAGGGGGGACCAGCAGGGGCCCUGGCCUCCCCCUAACAUCUGAAUUUUGCUGCUAAUCUGCUAUGAACAGUGACAUAAUUAGUAAUCUAUUGCUGCUGAAAAUCUAUUUUGCUUUAGCUUGGCCCUCCCUAAUUUGUUUUAGCAGCACUUGGCCCCCUAAUACAUAUUUCCUGGCUCCGCCACUGGUAGGGCGGCCGUGUAAAUACUAGGGUUUUGUCCUCCACGCCCAAUGUACCUCCCUCCACGGAAGAAAAAAAAUCGUAGAAGGAUUAGAGCGAAAAAAAUCGUAAUCCCUCCGUCUGGAAAUAUUUUCAUUAAAAUGAAUAAAAGAGAUGUACGGACGGAGGGAGUAUCAAGAUCUGCACGUCACUCAAUAAUGGUCUGCAGGUCACUUGCACUUGCACGGCAGAAGAAAAUAUACUGCACGCGAAACACAUUUCAGAGGAGGCAGCUAGAAAAUGGUUUUGGACAGCAAAGUAGGCCACGGUCUAGUCGUCUGUAGCGCUACUCCGCUGGUGCUCGUGGGAAGCACGAACGUACGGUCGCCAUCUGGCUUCUCUACCAGACAGGUCCACCACCACCGCAGCGGCAGUAAUCAAGCCGUGGAGCUCCACUCCAUCGCCCAUGUCCGUGUGACUCAGCUCUUAUCCCUCGGCACAGUCACCCCGUCCCUUUCUCACCACUCCUCCAUUCACGCUCUCGAGCCGCCGAUUACAAAUUCGCACCCACUCCGCCGCUGUGCUCUCUCCCUCCCCUUCUUGCUUUUAUCAAGUCAACCAUGGUGUCCAAGAGCUCGCGCGGCCCCGGCAUGGCCGCCGGCGGCAGCGAGGCGGAGGAGGCGCUCCUGCUGCCGGAGCGCGUCGUGGGGGACCUCGCGGGGGCGCCUCCCGGCAACGCGUCGGUCCUCGGCGCGGUGUUCAACGUGUCGACGAGCGUGGUGGGCGCCGGGAUCAUGUCGAUCCCGGCGGCCAUGCGGGUGCUCGGCGUGGCCCCGGCCCUGGCGCUCAUCGUGUGCGUCGCGCUCCUCGCCAACGUCGCCGUGGACUUCAUGCUCCGGUACACCCGGGGCACGCCGUCGUACGCGGCGCUGAUGGGCGGCUCGUUCGGCCGGGCCGGCGCCAAGCUGCUCAACGUCUUCAUCGCCUUCAACUGCGUCGGGACCCUCACCGUCUACCUCAUAAUCAUCGAUUCGCUGAGGUACACAUCGGCAGUGUCCAUCCUUCUGGCGGCGGUGUUCAUGCUCAUCACGAUGGGGAUCGCGGUCUACACUGUCUUCACCGGCACUGCGAAGAUGCCGCGGAUGCUGCCGGACUUCUCCACCCUCGCGUCCCCCUUCGAGCUCUUCACCGCCGUCCCGGUCAUCGUCGUCGCCUUCACCUUCCACUUCAACGUGCACCCGAUCCGCGCGGAGCUCAGCAAGACGUCGGACAUGAAGUCGGCGGUGCGCAUCUCGCUGGUGCUCUGCGCCGCCAUCUACGCCGCGGUGGGCUUCUUCGGCUUCCUCCUCUUCGGGGACGCCACCAUGCCCGACGUGCUCGCCAACUUCGACCGCAGCUCCGGCUCCGGCGUCCCGCAGGCGCUCAACGACGCCGCGCGCCUCAGCUACGCGCUGCACCUCGUGCUCGUCUUCCCGCUCCUCCACUACUCGCUCCGCGUCAACGUCGACGAGCUCCUCUUCCCAGGCCGCCGCCCGCUGGCCACCGACACGCGCCGCUUCGUGGCGCUCACGGCCGUGCUCAUGGCGGUGCUCUACGUGCUCGCCAUCGCCAUCCCCAGCAUCUGGACGCUCUUCCAGUACUCGGGCUCCACGUUCGCCGUCUGCAUAUCGCUCAUCUUCCCUGGCGCCAUCGUUCUCAGGGAUGUUCACGGAAUAGCGAAGAGGAAAGACAAGGCAAUGGCAGCGAUGAUGAUCACUCUGGCGGUGAUCACGAGCAGCAUCGCCAUUGCUUCCAACGUCAUGAGCUCCAUCAAGGGCGAAGUGAAAGGUGUUAAUGCCGGAGCUAGCUAGCAUGUACAGUUUCAUUAUUUAUAUAGCUAUAAUAUAAAUCAAAAUUCUUUCACCCGCAAAAAAAAAAAGAGUUCCUCCGCUUUAGGUUUUGAUCGUGGCAAAUGUCACACGAGGCAUUGUGUAUGUUGUCUGUAAGAACUAGCAAAUGGCAGUCGGCCGUUGUUGUAUAAAACAGUUGCCAUACAUUUACCGUGUAUAAAUAUCAGGCGAAGAAAAAAAACGCUUUUUGUCA